AUGGGUCAACUUGAGAGGAGGAAGAGCAGCCCUCAAUCAUCACCUAGAUCCCGAUCUCAGUCUCAAUCUCAAUCUCCCCCCACCGGGGACCAGCUCCUAAGAGUUGAAGAGGCGUACUGGUCACCAAAUUUGUCUCCAGGCGGUAAAGCAUGCCAUGAUGAUCACGAAGUGUGCCCCAGCAACUGCGCCUCCUCCCCCGACGGCAAAAAGUCGGUUCUCUCUAAGGUCCGGGACACGGCCAAGAAGUUGAGGCACAGCCUCAGCAGCCGCCGCAGGAAUGGCUUCGAUUUACACGACCCUGACCACAGCCAGAGCCCUGACCUCAGCCAUAACUACAGCCGCAGCCAGAGCCAUGCCCUCAACCAAAGCCUCAGCCAUAACUACAGCCGCGGCCUCAACCACAGCCUCAGCCAUAACUACAGCCAAGGCCAGAGCCAUGACCUCAACCGUAACAACAGCCACGUCCCUAACUACAACCACAGCCACGACCACGACCACAUCACCCCUUCUUGGGGGGCUACGAUGGAAGAUGACUGCGAUCAUGAAGAUGAUUAUGAUCCCGAGUAUCUUGGCGCUCCAAUGUACGAGUCAGAAGCAGCGCCCGAAUGUCUGAAGGAGACGGCAAGGCAACACCCAAGGGCGGAGCCUGUCAUCUCCAUGAGUCAUCGGGCGCCAAACAUGAACCAUGAAGCUGCAAUGCUAGGAACCGACCAACCCGCGAGCCCGAACCCCAUCGCAGACAAGACUCGUGCUGUAGUUGAAAAAUUGGCUACAGCCUGUGCACUGUCUGCUGGAUCCCACAAGAACAAGAACAACAACAACACCAGCACCACUCAAACCGUAGCCAACGAACUGGCUCCGGCCUACGCAGCUGUGUCGGACGCAACCCACCACACCUACACUGCAGUGUCUGACGCAACCCACAACAUCAACGCCAACACGAUCUCAAACACUACUCACGCUGUCGCGGACAAACUGGCUCCAGCCUACGCUGCAGUGUCGGACGCAACCCACACUGGUGCCAGCAUGAUCACAAACACCAGCCACGCUGUAGCUGACAAACUGGGACCGGCCUGCACGGCCGUGUCUGAUGCAACACAACAGAUUGCUAGCAAAAUAGCCAGCAUUGCUGUUGCAUCUGGAGCAAAACCGUAUCAGGAAGCGAAAGCGGAGUUAGUGAGAGAAGAUGCAGGAAACGUGAAGCAAUGCGCGAGCGGGAGUCCUCAAACAUACGACAAAGGAGUUUCCGUGAAGGAGUAUUUCUUGAGCAAGCUGGAGCCUGGAGACGAUGAAAGAGCACUCUCACAGGCUAUAACAGAGGCCAUUAGUCCCAGGAAGAGCACCGGGGAGACAGGCGUGGUGGAUUUGGUGAAAGAGGCCGUCUCUUCGUUUUUCAGACAGGAGGAGGCCUCCCACCUAACAGAAACAUCUGCAGGCUUGAUAACCGAUGCCCCUGUCUCCUCGGAGGUUGAAACAGUUGCUGCCCUCGACGCUUCAAACAGUCCAACAGAGAUUCAGCUGAAACGCACUGCUUCAAUCAAGGCAGGAAGACCCACAAGCCAGUCUUCUCCUAUGGCACUUGGCACUUCAGCCGGUAAAGCAAAUCCUCAACUGAACCGCAUUGCUACAAUCCACACAGAAAGGCCUUCAAUCAAUAAAGCGAGUCCUCAACUGAACCGCGCUGCUUCAGUCCAUGUUCAUUCCACCAAAGUUUUCACAAACAGUGCCAACAAUCCCAGCGUCCAGCAAUGCUCAUGAAGUUUAUGAGGAAGAAAACAAUGGAAGGAUUCUCCAGACUAACUGAAGAUUCAUACGCAGCAAAUGGCACGUUUUGCGUUUGGAGAGUGCAGAGCAGAAUCUAGCACAUCACUUUCCCUUUUGAAUAAUUUUUGUUAUAACACGUCUGUGUUUAGGCUGAGAUUUAG